AUGCCGAAGCUUUGGGAUCAGCGUGCGCACCUCCGCUCGGCAGCCCCAUCGUGGCUCAACGCUGCCGAGCGGGCCGCAAAAGUGGACGCUCCAAUGCAAGCAAUGAAGCUUUUCGUGCUGCUCCUGGCGCCCUCCUGGGCUGCCAAGUUCCUGAUGCGCUCAUCGGCCUCCAGGGAUGACCGGGAAGCACCGGCGUGCCCAGGCAACGUCCUGCCGGACGAUGUCGCCGCGGGCCCGCAUAAGACCCUCGGGAAGGCACAGUUUGCCGACAUCAUCGACCCAGCCAAGCUGCGCGCCGCGCUUGAGAGCUCCGAGGACUGGGAGGUGGGAAAGACCUGGCAGCUUUCCCUCACGGCAAAUUCCAUGAGGAAGAAGAGCGUCACCUAUGCCUUUGCGGGUGGCGGGCAUGGCUUCCUCUCUGUGACUGUGCCGGGAGGUGCAGUCGACGUGGAGCUGAAAAGCACGGAUACCGUCAAGUCGCUCGCCAGCGAGACUGACUUCGAGUAUCGCGGCAAGGAUGCAGUGGUGACGGAUGAUGACGUCAUCCUGACCAACGUUUGCUUGAGGCCCAUCACCUGCGAGUCCUUCAAGGAGUGCAAGCCGAGCUCCGACUGGAAGCUGGUCGAGGACGCUGCCAGCAAGCCGGGAAACAGCCGAGAGGAGUGCUGCGUGCAGCUGAUGUGCAAGGACGAGGAGUCCUGUGAUUCGACUCAGUACAAGAAGUCGGACGAGUGGGAGACGCUCGUAGGAAGCACGGUGGAUCGCUGCUGCACCCCCAUCGCAUGCAACAUGACGGAGCUGUGCGCUGGCAGCCAAUGGAAGCCUCGCGAGGGCUCAGGUCUGCUUGGAUCCACGACCAAGGAUUGCUGCGAGCCGCGCAUGUGCUCUGAGUACACCUGCGAAGAGAGCUCCAAGAAGGGCCGCAAGGGAGACUACGACAAGCUGCAGGGGUCUUCGGAGGGCGAGUGCUGCGAGUUGAAGAGCUGCAAAUCCUUCGAUUGCUCUGUCAGCCCCUCUUGGAUGGACAAGAAAGACAAGGACAGCUUGAUGGGCAGCACCUUCAUCGAGUGCUGUGACGAGAAGUACUGCAAGGACUUCACCUGCAAGCCUCUUUCCAAAUGGAAGCCGCUGAAUACGACUCUCCCAGCCGGCACAGACCGGCCAGGCUACACCAACGAGAGGUGCUGCGAGGCAUUGAGCUGCGAGGCGUACAAUUGCAGCACGCCUUCCAUGAAGCUGAAGCCUGGAAAACGCCUGGGAAGCAGCGACGACGAGUGCUGCGAGACCAGGCUCUGCGAGGAGUACACCUGCAGCAGCGCCACGAAGUGGGUGCACAAGGCCGACGUGGGAUCCAAGGGCCUGUCGCAGCCUGGCUACAGCGACGAGGAGUGCUGCGACAAGGUCAUGUGUUCCGCCUACAGCUGCAGUCCGGUGACCAAAUGGGCACCAAAGAACAAGACAGCCCGUGAGUCGACUCAGGGCAGCACCAACGAGGAGUGCUGUGAGCCUCUGUUCUGCGAGGCCUACACCUGCAGCGGCGACUCCGAUGGAGAUGGUGAGAGCACAAAGUACUACAAGAUGAGAGACACCAACCACUUCAAGUACCAGGGCAGCACGGACGAGGAAUGCUGCGUUCCAAAACCCUGCUCCACGUACAAGACAGACUUCCCCACGAAGUUCAAGCGAAAGACCGACAGAGACCUCCUUGGCAGCACCGACGCUGAGUGCUUCGAGCCACUCUGGUGCAAGGACUACUGCUGCGAGGACAAGACCAAGGUGAAGAAGCCGGAUGCAGAUGCCAUUCAGGGCAGCACCGACGCCGAGUGCUGCAUGACCAAGUCGAGCUAA